AUGUUACUUUUUUUUAGUGUUAGAGGAAAAGAAAAUCGAGAAUCUUUCAGCGACUCGUCGUUCUGCAGCAACAGUGACGAUAUGUUGCAACAGCCUAAAAAAAAAGUUGUACAUAAAAAGAAAAAGAGAGAUCGUAGGUAUGAGUGUGGUCAUUGUGAAAAAGUGUCCACAUGCAAAAAAAGCGCUAGAUGCACACACUUUCAGGCAUGCAGUAAGAUCCAUUUUGAUAGACAUUUAUUGAAACAUCCAGAAACAGCUGGUUGUUAUAAAUCCAGCAAAUGUGUACAUUGUGGUAAGGUAUAUUAUGAUAAAAAAAAUCUGGAUAAUCAUAUAAUUCAGAAACAUCCUGAACACAUUGAUACAGUUACUAGCAAGAUUCAUGAAUGUGCCAAGUGCAGUCUCAAAACGACUAAAAGCAGUGAAUUCACGCGUCAUAUGACGUUAAAACAUCGGGAAGGUAGCAGCCCUCAGCGUAUAGUAUGCGGACACUGUCCAGCUAGUUUUAGACAUAAUCGUUCAUUGAACGACCAUAUACUUAAAAGACAUCCGAGUUUUUCUUCGUCGGUCGACAAUAAAAAAAUAUAUGAAUGUGACAAGUGCGAUUAUAAAACUGUAAUUCGAUCUUCUUUAGUCCGCCAUAUAAGAUCCAAGCAUACUGAAACAAUACCCGUUAGGCCGUACAGAAUCCUUUGCACAAAACACUGA